UGCCUGGCCACCGAAUAGCUUUCUAUAUAUUGUUUGUUUGUCAUAGAGGCUGGAGUCCUGCCUAGAAUAGCUUCUAGGCAGGAUCCCCGACCUUGGUCCGAAUUGCUGAAGGCACUGUCAUAAAUAGGGUUCUACUUAUCUCACGAUGAUAUUUUUCCUGUGCCUGAGCUACAUUCUUGGAAUUGCUAGUGUUCCUGAAAUUUGUCUUUUUAUGAGCUCGAUGCACUGUGCGAUAGCCGACGCACGUUGUACAUCCGAACCAUUCUUAGUGCUUCUUGCAUGAGUCGUGCGUUCUGCGCUUACGUUGUUAGCAGGGAUUUAUGUCCAACUUGGAGAAUCGCCACCCAGGUAUAAGAUUGACGCCAAGAGCGAUGCUUGGUUACCUUCAAGCCCUCGACACUGAAGAUGAAGAGUCUUGCCCACAGUGCACUCCUAGCCUGUUCCUUCGUUGCUGCUGCCCAAGGAGCUGUAGUGCCAAGGACCCUGGGUCCUGUUUUGGUGACCUUGGGAGGCUUGACAUUUAUCAACAAGGGACUCGUGGCGGUUGGGACCAUCUCAGCCCAGCUGCGUGACACAUUAGGGGAAACAAUUGGAGGGAUCGGUUCUGCGAUUGCUCUCGAACCCGGUACCUUCACGAAGCAAAGCGGAACGUAUUCUGGUACCCUAAUUACGCAGCCCGACCGCGGCCACAAUACCGAAGGUACUAUUGAUUAUCGAGCUCGCCGCCAGUACUUCGACUUCACCUUUGCUCCGUAUUACGGGACUGGCAAACUUCCUUUCGAUGUUGGAACCAAAACAUUGAAAUUGACCUAUCGUCGUACCGCACUCACUUUCGACCGGAAGAGAGGACGCACGACAGGUUUAGACGCGUUGGGAGUUCGCCCUCAAACCCCUGGAUAUCCUCAGAACCCUUUUGCUGACCCGCCCAUUCCUAUUGCUAAUGCGACCUAUAACCAUUUGACCAUCGAUGCGGAAGGACUUGUCAUCAAUAAAGAUGGCUCGUACUUCGUGAGUGACGAGUACGGUCCUUAUAUUUACCGAUUUAGACGUGAUGGCACACUUCUAUCGACGAUUCAGCCCCCUGAAGCUCUUGUUCCUCUUAUUGGUGGAUCAUUGAAUUUCACAUCUGCCAUUAACCCCGAUACUGGUCGAACACCAAACCAAGGCUUCGAGGGCUUGACCAUUUCGCCAAACGGCAGAUAUCUAUAUGCAAUGCUCCAGUCUGCCACGAUCCAGGAUGGCGGGUCCUCCAAGUCAACUAACCGUUAUACCCGCCUCUUCAAAUACGUCGUGUCGGGGAACAGCCGUCCAAAGCUCGAAGGUGAAUGGAUCGUGCCUUUACCUCAGACAUCGAAGGGCACCACUUUGGCGCAAAGCGAGAUUCAUUACCUCAAUAAGAAUCAGUUUUUGGUGCUCUCCAGGGAUGGAAAUGGUCACGGAGGCGAUUCAACUCAAUCUUCUUACAAGCAGGCAGACCUCUUUGACAUCUCGAAAGCGACUGACAUCCACGGCUCCAAGUUCGAUGGACUCACGCCAGUAGCACCAAAGGGAGUUCUAGACCCAUCUAUCACCCCAGCUGCCUAUGCUUCGUUCGUCAAUUACCUUGAUCCUGACCAGCUCGGAAGAUUCGGCCUUCAGAACGGAGGGGCCAAGGAUAAGACCCUUAUCUCUGCCAAAUGGGAAUCGUUUGCACUCGCCCCGGUGCUCGAUCGGUCCUUUCCCAACGACUACUUCCUCUUCACCAUGACUGAUAACGACUUCAUCACCAUCAACGGGAGUGCUGCCGGAGUCCCAUACGUAGACCCAUAUGGUCAAGAUGUUGACACUCAAGCUUUUGUAUUCAGGGUGACCUUACCCAACGUAGAGAAGUUCAACGUGUAGUACCACUGAUGGACCUGUAUUAUCGUAAUAUAAAUUGACACUUGGGUCCUC